AUUCAUAUGUGAAAUAUAUAUGAUAAAUUCUAAAAAAAGAAGACAAACUUGUCAACAUUUCUGAAGUGUCUUCAACUUGUAUAAAAAUUCUGAAAAAAAUUUUCAUCAGGGUUGUAUUACAAAUUUAGAAUUUAAGAAGAUAAGAGAUUAAUUGUUUUCAAGUGUUUGUCGUCCAUUUUUCAAAAUAUAAUUUUACCAGUAAGAUUUAUAAGAAAAGCUUUUCAUCUUCGGUGAGGUUUCCAUCAGUCAUUACUCCAUAAAAAAAUAAAUAAACCAUUUUCUCCUAAAGCGAUAAAGUCGAAUGAAAAAUCUGUUCACGAUGGAAACUGAUAAAAUUAUUUCUUUUUCUUCUUCUUUCUAACCCCAAAAUAGAUAUUUUUGGAUACAUUAUUCAAAACAACUUGAAGUCUGUCAAUGGUCAAGGCCUCGAUAAAAAAAUCGCAAUCGGUAGGAGUCGAAUGGUCAGCCAAUCACGAUCGAGAAUUCCGAUCAUGUGAUUGGUCGAUUCGCAUGCUGUCUGCUGUCACCUAGCGUCUAACGUCUACAAUCCAGAGUGAUUCGGAGGCAUGGAGGAUUUAUAGUUUACGCGUCGUUUUCAAUUUUGCAUAAUUGCGUUAUAAAUUCGUCCUGUGAUAGUGCCUAAAUAUGCCGUCUCGCGGGGAGGACAUCCUCAAAGGCUUUCAAGUUAAUUGGAUGAAUCUACGCGACGCCGACAGCGGAAAGAUUCUUUGGCAAGGCAAUGAAGACUUAUCUGUACCUGAUGUAGAGCACGAGGCACGAGUACCAAAGAAGAUCCUACGAUGUCGCGCGGUGUCGAGGGAGAUAAACUUCAGCUCCGCAGAACCAAUGGAGAGGUUUCGCCUGGAGCAAAAAGUACUGUUCAAGGGGCGUUGCCUGGAGGAAUGGUUCUUUGAGUUUGGAUUUGUCAUUCCGAACAGCACCAACACAUGGCAGAGUUUGAUCCAAGCGGCGCCGGAAAGUCAAAUGAUGCCAGCGAACGUGUUGAACGGCAACGUUGUAAUAGAAACGAAAUUCUUCGACGAUGAUCUCUUAGUGUCCACCAGUCGAGUCCGUCUUUUCUACGUCUGAGGUGAUUUCCAAACGGUCCUAACAAUCGUACGUAAUCACGGGACCAAUCGGCAUGAGACGGAAACUAUAUAUAGCAAUGGAACAAUCGCACGUGUGAAAAACUUACAAACUGAUCGGUUUGCGUCCCUUAUCGGACGGACACUUCUUAUGCUAGCCAUACGAUUGUAAUCUCAGAAUUUUUGAGAAAUAUACAUAAUUAGAGAAAUUCUCUAACGCAAACAAAUCGAUAUCAAAAUUGUAAGAUCUUUUCUCAAGCAAUAGUAUUUUUCAAUGCCUAAUAUUUAGCAUACGUUUUUUCACUCUUGAUAACAUGAAGAAUGUGACCUGCACUGUUGAAGCACAUAAUUUAUUUAUUAUUUGUUAAGUAUGAAUAUAUGCAAUAAGUUUUGUACAUAUUGUAAUACACUACACACUCUCUCUGUGAGUGCAAUAAAGUUUUAAGAAAAAGUUA